AUGGCAUUAAAAUUUCACGUUCUAACUAAUAUUCAGGCUGGUCGUAAAAUCCUCGAGAACUUGCCCAAGGAGGAUGGUUUGGACUUUGAAUUUGUCAACCUCGAUGCUGGUUUCGAACUUUUUAAGAGUACUGGUGUAGCUCUUCCUGAUAAGACUGUGGAGAUCUUGAAGAACGAGUGUGAUGGUGGUUUGUUUGGUGCUGUCAGCUCUCCUUCUAAGAAGGUCGAAGGUUACUCUUCUCCCAUUGUUGCCCUUCGUAAGAAGCUUGGUUUAUAUGCCAAUGUCCGUCCAGUUAAGUCGGUUGCCAAGCUUGACAAACCUUGUGAUUUGGUCAUUGUCCGUGAAAACACUGAGGACUUAUAUAUUAAGGAAGAGCGUAUUUUCGAUGCUGCUGACGGUACCAAGGUGGCCGAGGCUAUCAAGAGAAUCUCUCAAACCGCCAGUGAGAGAAUUGGUGCUAUCGCAUUCAAAUUGGCCAUUCAACGACAAAAGGCUCGUGAGUUGAACCCCGGUUCUUCUCUCCACAAGAGCCCUCUUGUCACCAUCACCCACAAGUCCAAUGUCCUUAGUGUUUCUGAUGGUCUCUUCCGUCAAACCAUCAAAGACCUCUACGAGGCCAAGAGGGACUCGUUUGAAGCCGACCUUCACAUCAACGAACAGAUUGUGGACUCCAUGGUCUACAAGCUCUUCCGUGAUCCUGAGAUCUUCGAUGUGGUUGUCGCUCCCAAUCUUUAUGGAGAUAUUUUGAGUGAUGGAGCUGCUGCUCUUGUUGGUUCACUUGGUGUUGUCCCCAGUGCCAAUGUUGGUGAUGAUUUCGUUAUUGGUGAGCCAUGUCACGGAAGUGCUCCUGAUAUUGAGGGAAAGUAA